UAACGUGUCAUGAAAAUACAAAAAGGAAUUAGUCAAAUUUCAAAAUUUUUAACAGAAACAUUUUAUUACUAAAUAAUAAUAUAACUUUUUUUAUUUAAAUUUGUCUAAAAUUACUAAAAAAUGGGCGACCCUCCGGUUUUCAAGCAACCAUUUCUAAACACCUGUGAGAUGUACCCGCGUCGAAGAACCACGGAAUUCUAUAGAUCUCCGGAGCCACGAGCCUCGUGCCAAAGUCGCCGGGCGGAGCACCCUCGAGAUGUGCUGAACGUAACCCCCGACCAAAAUCGGGAGGUUGCUCGCCGAUUGCCACGAAUCCAGCCGCCAAAUAACUCUGACAGUAACUUGCUCCGAAAUGGAUAUUUUUCAUAAAUUCAUGAUCAAAAGGCGUUUUAACAUAUAUAAUUUGUUUAAAAAGUGUGUUAGUGAGCGAAAGAAAUUAUAGAAAUAAAAUAAUACAAAUUAUCA